AUGUUUGAGAUGUCACUCGAAGGGAGUGGUUUGCCGAAGCUCCCCCCACUACCAAAGCCCUCACUGGAUGUCGUUGAGAGUGAGAGCAUUCGUCGGAUUUCGGGCCCUGAGGCCCAUGUACCGCCAAGCCCAGACCUCAUGCCCAUGUUUCCUGUCAGUACGCCAGAUUCAUAUCAAUUAGAAGUCGGUUCUGGUGGUUCUUGGAACGGUCCAGCAAUACCUCAUGUCCAGCCAUCCAUUACAUCACCUCCUCACGAUGGCACAUCAAGGCCGAAAGUCCCCCUAGGUAACGGGAUUAUUGGUUUGAAGAUGUUGCAACUCCGGAAUGAUUCGCCUUCUAGAAAUUCCAAAGUUCCAUUUGAUAGCCAGCCCGAGUUCUUGUUGGAUGAAGGCCUUCCCAUGCCUCCCGACGAUGCAACUGACAGCUACGAGAAGCUUUAUUUUGACCACUUCCACCACCGGUGGCCAAUAAUACACCGUCCUUCUUAUGAAGACCAGAAUCCUAGUCAUUUAUUAAGCGCACUACGAUUAUCCACGUUGAUGAUAGGUGGCUGGUUUAGUGGAACCAUUGAGGGCAUGAAAUAUGCUCUCGAAGUGCAUGAUUACUUAAUGCUGAAUAUCUCAACCAAACUAGGCGAGGGAAAUUCGAAGUAUAUAUUCCAGCAAGACAAUCUACCAUCUUGGCUAUGCCAAGCAGCACUUAUCAACAUUGUGUUCGCCCUACAUACUGGGAUUGAACAGAAUAUAUCAAGAGCUGCCGUUCUUCGGAGUACUCUCGUCUCCGUUCUUCAAGAAUUGGGGUUCUUCAGAUCCGAGACCGUGUGGGCGGAUGAAAAGCCGGGAUAUUUCAUACCCAUGCACCUAUCAAAGCUAGGAGAAAGACAACGCCUAGCAGCGUACCUUUUUAAAAUAGACAAUUACUUGAGCAUUAUCCGGGCCAAACCCGCUUUACUCACCAAGGAUGAUCUCCACUUUACGUUUCAAAGUACCUAUGCGGCGUGGAAUUCAAGCCGACUUGAUCUUUUUGCGACGCGCAUCGAGGCAGAGCCUACUUUCAGGAACCAGAUCACAAUGCGUGAUCGGAUCAAGGACAUUUAUGAUUGGAAUAUCGAGGCGAAAGACAAGCCGCUGCUCAUCGAAGAUAUCAUACUGUGCAUGUGCUCCAUGGAGCCAAGGAUCGCCGAAUUCUGGGACAAAAUGCGGGACUGCUCUUUCGUUUACAGCUUGGAGAGCUUCAAGACCGAAUGCCCUAGACACCGCUUAGAGGCCCUGAAGCUCUUCCUCGACCGAAUAUCCUGCCAGUUAUCUAGACCCGUGAGCCUCGAGUGCGAGAUUCUGCCUCUGAGGUAUUACUACGGCUACGAAGACGCUGCCGAGCCGGGUUCACAGGACGCUGCACUGGCGCGAGCGAAAGGUCUUUUGUUUGAUGCAAAGAUGUUGUACCACUGUCUUUGCAUCCAGCUGAAUACCGAUAUCCGCAUGCUGGCGCAGCUCGCAAAAGACGGCAGUGCGAAUUCCUUGAUGCAACUCCCUGAGCCCCAGCAACAAGAACGCGAGAAUCGCGGGAAGUCGGUCACAACUUGGACCACGACAUCCCUUGCGCGACAAUCCUUACUCCACGCCACAGAAAUCCUCGUCCUGCACCAACAGAACAAGGACUUCGAUACUAGGAUCAUGGACCCGAUUGUAUAUGUAGCACUUGCUGCAGGUGCGCUGGCCGUGUGGGCAUAUUGCAUGUUUAGCGGGGAUGCUGGGCGAUCGGAGGGGGAGAAGCUGUUUGCGGAGCUGACUAAUUGGUGUGGGAGGAAGAGGAAUGGUAGGGAUGCGUGGGUUGGGGUUGGGGUUGGGAUACCGUUGGAUAUUGGGGGGCGUGAGGCUGUGUGA